AUGACAUUGGGCUCGGGAGACGCCGCCAUGGAGGAUAUCGUCAUCGACGUGGUGGGGGAAGGAGUCAAAGACAGCGAGCAGGAGCUCCCCGCGGAGGCUUCCAGCGCGAGGAGCGAGGACCGGGACGCCUGCAGCCCACCUCCGGGGAAAACCAAAAGCCCCGCGUCCGUCAAGCCCCCGUACUCCUACAUCGCUCUGAUAACCAUGGCCAUCCUGCAGAGCCCCAAAAAGCGUCUGACGCUCAGCGAGAUCUGCGACUUCAUCAGCCAGCGCUUCGCCUACUACCGGGAGAAGUUCCCGGCGUGGCAGAACUCGAUCCGGCACAACCUGUCGCUCAACGACUGCUUCGUGAAGAUGCCCCGGGAGCCCGGCAACCCCGGGAAGGGCAACUACUGGACGCUGGACCCCAACUCGUCCGACAUGUUCGAGAACGGGAGCUUCCUGAGGCGCAGGAAGCGCUUCAAGCGCCAGCACUUCCGCUUCGACCCGCUCAAGGAGCAGCACCUGGAGCCCAGCGGGAUGCACGGAUUCGCGCACGGUGGGGGGUACGGGAUCGGGGCGGCGGCCCUGCAGCUGCCCGGCCUGGAGAUCUACCCUUACCUGCACCCGCACGCGCACUCCCCGUGCGCCCCGGCCGCCAUCCCACCUGUCAGCAGCAUCCUCCCGGCCCUGUCCAGCUUCUUCUCCAAGGCCUUCCUCCAGUCGCGGCCGGGCCUGGACGCCUUCCCCCCGGCCCCGUGCAGCGGCUACUCCCCUCCACUGACCCCCGGAGCGGCCUACGUCCCCCCCGCGCUCUUCCACCCGGCUCCGCACUUCCUCACUUUGCACCAAGAGUACCAGAAACUGCAGACUCAGCGCGGCACCGCGGAGCUGGCCAAACACAUCAACAUCAAUAACGAAUAA